AUGGAGCCUGAAUCAGCUUGCCCCCCGGAGCCAUGGGAAGCUGUUCAGACAAGCAGUUCGUUGCAGAGCAGGUCCUCGAAAACUUCCUCCAGUUCGGUCUUGAGCUUUGAGUUGGAGCCAGAGCUUCUGCGGGGUGUUCCUUUGGAUGUGGCUUUGGCUGGUUGGUGCAAGCACUGGCAGAACGACCAGGAUGCUACAGGCCCCAGCGUGGAUGAGGUCAGCCAGGAGGUAGAUUCGAUUGAUGCAUUCCUGAGUCACGACUGGCAAACGUCGCGAUGGUUGAAGCUUGCGACAUUGCUGAUGGUCUUCAACUCAAGGGCUGCCACGGUGGUAUCGUUGCUGACCAGCCUACUGGUGGGUGUGCUGCGGGUUUGUGACUAUUUGCCAGACGAGCUUUGGACGACCUCCAUACCCUGUCUGGCGUAUUUGGUGGUAUUUUGCUUCUGGCAGCGGAUGCGAAGUGUUUGCAGGCGGCCACUGAUCGUCUUCCUCGACAGGCUUUGCAUCCAUCAGCAGGAUCAGGAAUUGAAGCAGAAAGGAAUCCUCGGACUGGGGGCCUUUGUGGUUCGCUCUAAAAGGCUUGUCGCCUUAUGGUCUCCGCGCUACUUCAGCAGACUUUGGUGCACCUAUGAGAUUGGAUGCUUCUUGCGACGCAUGGAUCAAGCCAGGAUCGAAAUCCUGCCUGUGAAGACUGCCUACUUAUUGAUUUUGGUAUCUAUUCUUUGGCACACUUUGAUGAUAUCCUUUUAUCUAUUCUCUGGAUAUGUUCGCGAAAUCGAGCCAGAUGAACGUGUGAAUCAGUUGAUAUACACGAGCGCUGCCAUGCCAGUUUUGGCAUCUGUUCUGUUGCCAGUGGUGAACUAUCUGGGGAUGGGGAUUAUGCAAGACGUGGACCAACUUUCAAGGCAGCUGCAAAGCUUUCGAGUGAAGGAUGCUCAAUGCUAUUGCUGCAGCAACAACCACCGAGACCCCCUGACCGGAGAUGAACUCCUUUGCGACAGACAGCUGGUCUACGACACAUUGGGAGUGAUGUACUCCCGAGACUUGCGAGCGACUCCAGGCGACAUGGAGGAUUUGGCACUGGAGUACUUCGACUCAUGUGUCCAGGGCGUGCUUGGUCAAAAGGUCGUUGGACGGCUUGGAGGUGAUCUUCCGCUUCGGUAUUUAAUAUGUGUUGUUGGUGUGAGCAACCUGCCAUUUCUUUCGGAGCUCAUUUCAAGACUGAAGAAGGGGCCAUCAGUGCCACUGCUUGGGCUGGAUUUUGCCAUCUGGUUUGCAGUGCAGAUUCUACACUGGGCCCAUCCAGUGCUCGCGAUCUUCCUGUCGGCACAAGUCUCGCAAAAGCUCUGGAAGCUCUUUCACUACAAGUCCAGUGUGUUCUCGGCAAUAUGGAUGAGCCCUAUCAUAGUCAUUGCAGUGACCUGUGCAUGGGUACCUUUUGAAGUAGUAUCGCAUCUCACACCGGAAAACAGCAUGCUUGCUUUCUUACCAUUCCUGGCAAUCGUGGUGCUAGAUGCAUGCCUUUAUUGGAAGCCCUCACGAACGUUACAAAAGAGCAACCCUCCCACGAAUGAUGCGGGCAGCGUUCUGGACAAGAACCACCAGGACUCAUCCAGGUCGCUCUCAACGCUGGAAACGUAUGCUCGCACCUGGGAAGUUGAAGAGAAGGACGAUACACUGGUUGUGUGGAAAUUUUGA